GUGCUCUUCUAGUAGUACAGCUCUUGGGAAGACUGUGGACAGUUCAGGAGUUGCUCGUGAAGAAAUUGUGCUCCCCCGAAGGAAAACCUGGGAUAAGCUAGCGGUUCUUCAAACAUUGGCUUCUACUGUGAACAGGGAUCCUACUGCUGCUCAUUAUAUGUUCCAGGAUGACCCUUUUAUGAUGCCAAAAAAUGCAGCCAAUUCUCGUCUAUUUUUGUUGUCGAAGGAGUCUGGAAGAAAUGCUGCAAAAUACAUUAUUAAGCAGUUUCCUCAAUAUUUUGACAAGACUUUUUCAGAGCCCAACGUAGCAUGCUUGAUGCCUGAGACUCUUACAGCUCAAAUUGAAGGAGUGAGUGAGGAAGCUUUAAAAGAGCGCAUCCACCUCAGAAGGGUGAAAGAUUCUGUGGACCUGUUUGAUCAGCUCACACAAGCAGGUACCCCUGUAUCUUUAGAGACCACAAACAGCCUUUUGGAUUUGUUAUGCUUCUAUGGAGAUGGAGAAUCUACUCUGGAAAAAGAGGAAGAAGACAAAGAGAACUUGGAAGAACCGGUGGAGAAAGCUUCAGAGCAGAAGACUCCAAAGAGACAAUUCCAAAGAGGCUCUAAAUGGAGGGAAGACAACAAUGCAGAAAGGAUAUUUAAGAUAAUGCCCGAGAGGAAUGCACACUCCUAUUGCACAAUGAUCCGUGGGAUGGUGAAGCAUGGGGCUUCUGCUAAAGCUUAUGACAUGUACAUAGAAUUGCUGAACGAAAGACAUAAGGCCGAUGUGCACACCUUCAACGCACUGAUUACAGCAGUCCCGUACCUGAAGGACAGGUUCUUAGAAAGAUGGGAAUUAGCCAAGGUCUUCCUGAAUCAUAUGGCUCAACAGGAAGUGCAACCAAAUCUGCUAACUUUCAAUGCUUUACUGAAGACUUUAAGAAGAUGUGGUGGUCUAGGCAGAAAUAUGUCUUUGUUGGUAAUAAGGGAAAUGGAAGCACUUGAUAUAGAGCCCAGCCUUGCAACAUAUGAUCAUAUUCUCUUCAUGUUUUAUCGAAGCGCUGAUCUUCAGCCAUCAAACAUCAUCUCUGAGGUGCUAGAUGAAGUUGGAAAGAAGAGUUUCACUCCCCAGGACCCUCAUGACGGUAGGGACUUUGAUAUAGCUAACAAUCUGCUUUGGUUAAGCCUAGGUAAAAAG